UAAAGUGCCCAACAGAAAAUUGUGCGGUAGUCUGAACAGCCUGCUCUACUGGAAGAAUAGGCCGACUGGCCGAUAAUAUUUGCUAGCUACUCCGGUACGGUAGGCGGUAUGGCGACCUUGCUGAGGGCAUUGCGGUCCACCGGCUUGCGGGCUCCGCAGAUUACCAGGGGCCUCUCCGCUUCAUCCGCGCUCAACAACAAAGCCAAUAUUAAGGGUUAUAAGGUAGUCGACCACGAAUACGAUGCGAUCGUUGUUGGUGCUGGCGGAGCGGGUCUUCGAGCCGCUUUUGGUUUGGUAGAAGAGGGCUUCACAACUGCUUGUAUCACCAAGCUCUUCCCAACGAGGUCUCAUACCGUAGCAGCUCAGGGAGGUAUUAACGCUGCACUGGGCAAUAUGGAACCUGACAAUUGGGUAUGGCACAUGUACGACACUGUAAAAGGUUCCGACUGGUUAGGCGAUCAAGACGCUAUCCACUACAUGACCAAGGAAGCACCAGCAGCUGUCAUUGAACUAGAGAACUACGGCAUGCCGUUCAGUAGAACACCAGAAGGAAAAAUUUACCAGAGGGCAUUUGGAGGGCAGAGCUAUAACUUCGGCAAGGGGGGGCAAGCUCACAGAUGCUGCGCAGUGGCUGAUCGAACUGGCAAGUCCGAACUUAAGUUCUGA